GCGACUACUUUAAUCGAUUUUCCUUCCCCAAAAAGACACCAUUUCGCUGACUACAUCAACAUCUUCAUCAUUACGCCGACACGUGUCCUCAAUCCAUCGUCCCCCACUCUCCUCUUCCAACAAAAUCUGCUCUUCUUCACCUUUGUCAGAUUUAAAGUAUCAAAGAUGAUUUCAGUCUCAAGCAAUCCCGGUUCUUAAUUUUGGAGGGUGUUUUUUAAAUGUUUGAAUUUUGAACUUCUGAAAAAAUUUAAACAAAUUGACUCUGGAUAUAUGGAAUUUCACCUCAAAAUCUACCGAUUUCACCUUCUUUAUAUGAAAUUGACCUUCAUACGAUCUUGAUUGCGAAAGGUAUUUUGUAGAAGUUUCGAAUUUCAGGAUAUUUUGGAACCCCACUCUUCUCUUUUGCUUUUGAUUUGGGACCUGAGGUGGGCCAAUCUAACUGGCAUUGGAUAAAGAUCAGCUUUUUGGAUCAGUUUCUUUGCCACACUCCAUUCCAAAUCGAUGCCAGCCUCUUUAAUUCGGUUCGAAUCAAAAUACUUCCCCAAUAUUAUAAUGAUCCAUGUAAUAUAUUAAUAGAUUUCUUUAAUGCUUUAAUCAAAUUGGGAAAGUUCAUGCGGACGAUGCGGUCGCAUUUAAUAUUCAAGUCUCCGUCAAUUGAUUCGGGAUUCAUUUCUACAGAAUCUUGACUGCUUGUAAUGGGAGACUUGUAUAUCCAUGGAGGAAUUUCACAUGGCCAAUCAAUAGGUUACAAUAAUGGUAUGGGGAUUGUUAGUCCUUUUAUGCCACAAGCAUUAUUGGAUGACAUUUUUUCCCGUCUUUUGGCAUUGACUUCUUUUAUAAGCAAUCGUUUUAUCCAAUUUUUUGAGGAUCUUAUAUACAGAGACGUUGUUGGAUUCUCUGAAGAUUUUGUGUCCGUUUCUCCCUCUCAAGACCCCGGAUCUUCUAUUUCCACUAGCUGCUCAUCUUCUUGUUCUUCAACAUCAAAGAAUCUUGUUACAGUUCUUGAUGUACAUAAUCAAGAAACUUCAAGUCUUGAGGAUUGUUCACCUUCGGGGUUCGAAAUUAUAGAAAGGAAGUUCUUUUAUGGCGGUAUCCACUUCAUUUUAAAAGGGUUGGAACUCACUAAAUUUUUUGUGAAAUCGGCUUUGGUUCUAGCAUUGGCUCCUUACCGGAUCUCUUCUCAAUGCAUUAAACGUGCACGAAUUCGUGUUAGGAGCAUUAUAUCUCGAGUACAAAUUACUUUACACGGGUCAUCCACUGAUAUUGGAUGGAUCCAACGGGACCCUAACAUGGAUCCAGUUGAAGAUGGAUCCGCUAGAUUUUUAGAACUUUUAAAUGCAAUAAGGAAUGGAGAGCACAAUCUACCCGAUUCAUAUGUGUAUUUACUAAUUCCAGGAUUAUUCAGCAACCAUGGUCCCUUGUACUUUGUUAGCACCAAGAGAUUCUUUUCAAAGAUGGGUUUAGCUUGCCAUAUAGCAAAAAUCCAUAGUGAGGCAUCAGUGGAGUACAAUUCAUGGGUAUUGAAGCAAUAUAUUGAAGAAUUGUAUUGGGGCUCUGGUAAACGUGUGAUGUUGCUUGGUCAUAGCAAGGGUGGUGUGGAUGCUGCUGCUGCAUUAUCGAUUUAUUGGUGUGAUUUGAAAGAUAAAGUUGCAGGAUUGGCGCUUGUGCAGAGUCCUUAUGGUGGAACCCCAAUUGCAUCUGAUAUCAUGCGUGAAGGGCAAAUUGCUGAUAAAGAAACUAGAAGAAUCAUGGAACUCAUAGUUUGCAGGAUCAUCAAGGGAGACAUAAAGUCUCUUGAGGAUCUAACAUACGAGAAAAGAAAACAAUUCUUGAGCAAACACAAACUCCCAAAAGGAAUCCCACUCAUAUCAUUUCGAUCUGAAGCAAACGUGGGACCCGGGGUGAUAUCGAUGAUGUCACACAUAGCACACGUAGAGCUUCCCAAGCUUCCAUUCAUGGGACCCGGUCCGGAUGAAUCCGAGUACGAGGUGGGUCCCAUGGUGAAACACCGCGUUCCGGUGGUGGUUCCGGUGUCUGCCGCCAUGGCGGUGUCGGCUCUCCACCUGCAACUCCGGUAUGGGGAGAAAAGCGAUGGGUUGGUGACAUGUCGCGAUGCGGAAGUCCCGGGAUCGGUGGUGGUUAGACCCGAUCAAAAGCUUGAUCAUGCAUGGAUGGUGUAUUCAUCAUGGAGCAAGAAUCAGACGGGUGCUGAUGCAUGUGAGAUGUGUGAGGCUUUGUUGACAAUGUUAGUGGAGAUUGGAAAGAGGAAGAAUUCUGGGAAUUAGGUUUAUGGAAGUUUUUUUUGAUCUUAAUAGUAUUUUUGUGGUUGAGAUGAAAAUUGGAAACUACGUACGUAAAGUUUUGUGAGAUUAAAGGGUUGUAGAAUGAAAUUCGGAUUGGAAUAUGGGUUUUGAAUACGAAUUGAAUGUUGUAUAGAAAGUGAGUUGUAUUUUCUAUUUGGGAGAAUGUACUAAGUUAGUCCUUGACUCCUUGCA